AUGCGCAAGUGGCUGCCACUGUUUGUCAAUGAUUGCCCACCUAACAAGCAGAUACGCUCACCAAUCAGAGAAGUGACAUUCAGCAACAUGUUUGAUCAUCCAAUCCCUAUUGGCUUCCUUCCUUCAACCCUUACCAAGUUAUCACUUGGCGCCAGCUUUGAUCGUCCAAUCAUAUUCAAUGAUACCUCAGCCGGCGCGACAUGGCCUCAAUCAAUCACAGAACUAAAGCUCGGACAUCGUUUCAAUCAACCUUUGGACCAUUCAUCACUCCCUCGAUCAUUACUCAUCCUGACGUUUGGUCUUCAAUUCAAUCAGAUCAUCAGAGUUGGAGUGUUGCCAGGAUCAUUGACGCAACUCUCCUUUGGGUACUCAUUCAGCCAGCCACUCGAGACGGGCGUCCUGCCUCCAUUCCUAACCAGUCUAACAUUCGAUCGAUACCCUCUACCAUUUGCACCUGGUGUGUUGCCCUCAUCAAUCACACAUCUUUAUAUAAGGGGUCGUGGUGGCCUUGACAACAUCAUCGUGCCAGGGGUGUUGCCACCUGGACUCAAGAAGUUGGAGAUACAGCAACAACUUGCUCUAGAUACAGUCCCCACAACGUUGGAGGACCUGAGGUUUGGAGAAUACUACAACUACCCCAUCCUGUUGAGCUCAUUGCCUGAAGGACUGACCAGACUUCAUUUUGGUGACAUAUUCAAUCAAGAUAUUAGGAUUGGAAUUAUUCCAACGACUGUUCAAUCAUUAGACUUUGGAGUCUACUUCAAUGUCAAGAUAGAGCCCGGAUCCCUACCCUCUAGACUCACAAAGUUGAGCUUGGGCGAAAUGUUCGACGAGGCGAUAGCGCCAGGCGUGCUCCCUGCCAGCCUCCUAACCCUCAGCCUUGGUUCCAAUUUCAACCAUCCUCUCCCACAACUACCAACCGGACUCACAACAUUGUUCCUGUCCGACAGGUUUAAUCAACCAAUUGCAGCACCAUCCAUAUUGCCAGCUUCCCUGAUCCAGUUGUGGAUUGGAGAGCGCUUCAACCAAUCACUCGAGUUUGUUGUGCACCUGACACACCUCUCAUAUCUCAGGCUUGGAGAUGCCUGGGACCAGCCAAUCUCACAAAGUACCUUUCCCAAAUCACUCCGUACUUUGUUGUUUAACCGGCCGUCUGCAUUCAACAAACAUUUGGCAACACCAGUGGCGCCAGCCAUCACCAAGCUAUCCCUUGGCAACAUGUACAACAUACCGAUUCAGACAGGACAACUUCCCGAGACACUCACAUAUCUGAAGUUGGGAUCUGACUUUAACCAGCCCAUUGAAGUCAACUCCUUGCCUCAAUCGUUGAUCAAACUUACAUUUGGAUUGACUUUCAAUCAAAUAUUGCAGCCAGGAUGUCUGCCAUCAUCAUUGGUACGAAUCAAAUUUGGCGAAUUCUUUGAUCAACCUCUCGAGCCUGGUGUGCUGCCGCCCAGUCUCCAAUCCCUACGUCUGUCAAACGAGUUCAACAAGCCGCUACCUGCUAGCACCCUGCCCAGUGCACUCCAUACACUCCACCUCGGUAUCAGAUUCAACCAACCUCCAGACUCGGUCAUCCUACCCGGCAGCUUGACAACCCUCAAUGUUCCCACCCUCAUGAUGCGAGUAUACCUACCCUGCCACGCCUUGGGAAGGCUAUCCAAGAUGGAGAUCAUAGGUAGUGAUGGACAACUCAUAUUCCCAUCCUUUGAUAAGUUGGUUGAAGGUAGCUGCCCCAUCGUCAGCACCAGUGUUGGACUCCUCUCAUUGGCUUUUGAGAUCAACUAUCCAAACGGUCGUCUGUUGCCAUCGCAGGUAGCACAUCUAUACUCACUGAUGCCCAACCUCGAGCAACUCUGCAUCCAAACUACAUACGUUCGAAGGUACCAUGUGCGAUACCUUGAUCCUGUGAGCAGGACCCAUGUGCUCUGUGUAGCCGAGUAUGGUGGCAGCAAAUCCAUCAGCAUUGCCGAGUUGUCAUCAUUGUACAUCAAUGGCAAUGGACCAUUAGCAAGGCUUUAA